AUGACAGGACCAAAGCAGUUCAAGGUCGGCAUCAUCGGCUAUGGCCUCUCGGCCAAGGUGUUCCACAUCCCGUUCGUGGCGCUGACCGAGACGCUGGUGCUGCACUCGAUUGUGCAGCGGGCGCCGGCGGCCGGCAACUCGGCGCCGGCCGACUUCCCCGAGUUGGUGCACCACACGUCGGCGGCAGCGCUGCUGGCCGACGCCGCCGUCGACGUCGUCAUCGUCAGCACGCCGCCGCAGACGCACUUCAGCCUGGCCCGCGACGCGCUGCGCGCCGGCAAGCACGUGCUGGUCGAGAAGCCGUUCGUGCCCACGGCCGCCGAGGCCGACGAGCUGGCCGCCCUGGCCCGCGAGGUCGGCCGUGUUCUGUGCGUCUACCAGAACCGCCGCUGGGACUCGGACUUCUUGACCAUCCAGCAGCUGCUGCGCGACGGCGCGCUCGGCCGCGUCGUCGAGUUCGAGACGCACUUCGACCGCCUGCGCCCCGACCGCCCCAGCACCUGGAAGGGCACGCUGGGCAUGGACGCGGGCGGCGGCGUGCUGUACGACCUGGGCACGCACCUGCUGGACCAGGUGUUUGUGCUGUUCGGCAUGCCCAGCUCCGUGUCAGCCAAGUUCGUCAACCAGCGCGACGGCCGCCUCGUGUCGGGCGUCGGCGCCGACGAGCAACCCGACAGCAUCUCGGCCGUGCUGAGCUACGCCGCCACCGGCACCCUCGUGCACGUGCGCAGCGCCGUCGUCAGCGUCGAGGCCCGCCAGCUGCGCUUCUGGGUCCGCGGCUCCAGGGCCAGCUACCACAAGACGGGGCUCGACCCGCAGGAGGACCAGCUACGCGCCGGCGGCAAGGCCACCGACGCCGGGUUCGGAAAGGAAGACGAGUCACGGUACGGCCGCCUGAGCGUCGUCGGCGACGGCGGCCAGGUCGAGGACCGCGUGUGCCCGACCGUCAAGCCCGAGACGUACCGCCGCUUCUACGGCAUGUUCGCCAAGGCGGUCGCGAGCGGCAGCGAGGACGACGUGCCCGUGCCGGCGACGCAGGCCGCGCAGGUGCUGCGCAUCAUCGAGGCCGUCAGGGAGAGCGCCCGCACCGGCAGAGAUGUCGCUCCCAAGUGA